UCGAAUCUUGAAAUGGACAUACGGAGUAGAGAUAAUGGAAGAUUUUGACAUUCGUAAUGACCCACCUAACCUCCGAGAAAUUAAACCAAAAUACAUUAGUAAUGGAAUGCGGCCACUUGGUACCCUAAAAAUCGCUUUAUCCCAAACGCCAUCAUCAGGACGAGAUCGUCCUAUAGAACGUCCUAUAGAAUUUGGAUUAACUUUUGGCAAGAUGGAAAUAAAAGCCAUGGCUAGAAAUAAGUUAACAG